AGCGCGCAAACGAGAAGGGGAUAUUCAGCCUAGCUUAUCUAGGUGUUAGGUGCUAUUUUUUUGCCAUUCUUUAUACCAAUGUAUAAAGAAUCACCUUCCUUUCAUCCUGGAGACUCCAUUGUUGACUCAACCAGCUGUGGUAAUAGCGUUACCCAACAGCACACCUCCUAAAUACUAGUGUAGCUUUCCGGGUGAGCUAGCGUUCAGCGUUAACUGCCAGGCGGCCACAUGUAGUGGUUGGAAAAUGCAGGCAGCGAUGGAGGACAGUCUGGACCGAGUGAAAGAAGAGCAGAUUAAAAGGCCAACUUGGAGCCGGCAGAUAGAGUUCACCCUUGCUGGUAUAGGCUGUGCGGUGGGACUCGGUAAUGUCUGGAGAUUCCCCUAUUUGUGCUACAGGAGUGGAGGAGGUGCUUUCCUGGUGCCUUACAUCAUUAUGCUAGUAGUCCUGGGGAUCCCUCUGCUAUACAUGGAGCUGGCCGUGGGCCAGUAUCACAGACUGGGGCCUGUGCACGCCAUGGCCAAAGUCUGCCCUUUGCUCAAAGGGGCUGGCAUGGCAACAGUGGCUAUAUCCUUCAUAAUGUGCACCUACUACAACGUCAUUAUCACCUGGGCCCUGUACUACUUUUUUAGCUCCUUCCAGAGCCUCCUUCCUUGGGCAAACUGCAACAACACCUGGAACAUCCCCGACAACUGCUCAGACCACGUGACCAGCAACUCCUCUUCCACUACGGCCAGCCAGCAGUUCUUUGAUUACAAAGUGCUGGAGAAGACAGCUGGGAUUGAGGUGGCCGGCCAGCUACGCUGGGAGUUGUUCUGCCUGCUCAUUUUGGCCUGGGUGCUCAUCUACCUCUGUAUCUUCAAAGGUGUCAAAUCCACUGGGAAGGUGGUUUAUUUUACAGCUCUUUUCCCAUACUUGAUCCUUCUGGCCUUGCUGAUCAAUAACGUGCAGCUGCCCGGAGCCAUGGAGGGGAUUAAAUUCUUCAUUAUACCCGAGUGGGAAAAACUGGCAUCAGUGGAGGUUUGGAUCAAUGCGGCCGCCCAGAUCUUCAAUUCCAUUGGAAUCGCCUUCGGCUCACUCAUGGCCAUGUCUAGCUACAACAACUUCAACAACAGUGUCUUGAAAGACACGCUGGCCAUCUCCAUUACCAACUCGGCCACCAGUAUCCUGGCCGGCUUUGUCAUUUUCUCUGCGUUCGGCUACAUGUCUCACCUAACACACACACCAGUCAGCAAAAUAGCUGUGGAUGGUCCAGGCCUCGUUUACGUGGUUUACCCACAAGCCUUCUUAACAAUGCCCGUAGCUCCUCUUUGGGCAGUUCUGUUUUUCUUCAUGCUGCUGUGCUUGGGGCUGGACAGUCAGUUUGCAAUGGUGGAAGUGAUGGUGACCAGCCUGAUGGAUGGCCUGGGGAGUCCCUUGUUAAAGUACUUCAGAAGGAAAGAGCUCCUCGUCCUUGCCGUCUGCUUCACGGCUUUCCUCCUGGGAAUUCCCCACGUCAUGCAGGGGGGCAUUUAUAUUUUCCAGUUAAUGGACCACUACACUGCCAUAGUGUCUAUCAUGUUUCUUGCCUUUUUUGAAGUGGUUGCAAUUUGCUGGAUAUAUGGAGUGAGACGUCUUUCCAGCAAUGUAGAGGAGAUGACUGGACACAAACCAAACUGGUUUUUCACUGGCUGUUGGACGGUUGUAUCCCCUUUGCUGGUCACGGUCAUCCUGGUGUUUGCGGUCAUUCAGUUCAAACCCGCCCGCUACACGGACUACGUCUACCCUGCCUGGGCUCAGGGGCUUGGCUGGGUUAUCGCCAUGGCUUCCAUAAUCUGGAUCCCCCUGGGAGCGCUCCACACUCUCUGGAUUCUCCCGGGCUCCUUCACACAGAGAUUACGACAAUCCCUUACCCCCUAUGGCCUCGAUAACCUUUCAAAGAGACCCCGUUAUGGAGACAGCCCAGACAUUGCGAUCGUCUCUGCUUCCUUCUGAGCGGCAGGGAGGUCUUCCAUGCAGACCAGAGUCGGAGCCUUGCACUGUGGAGAGUAUGGACGAGCUGCAACUAGUAAAAAAUGCCUUGCCUCAAACAUGUGGUUUUCUCAAAUAUUCUGAGGAUGGAUGUCUCUGUCAGUAUAUAUGAUUUGGGGAAAAAACGUAUCUGCAAUAACAAAAAAGCGUCUGGGCUUGGGAUCAACAGGUUCACCAAAAAAUAAAAGCAAGAUGUUAGUGAAGUGACACUGCCCAUCUUGUCACAGCAUGGGUCUGGGUCUGAAUAAUUCCACUUCUGUAUUCCAGGAGAGCGCCGGGCUCUCUCUCAGGGCUGAGAGCAGCUGGCUCUGGGGAUAAAAAUCUGUGCUGGGUGGUGUCUGUACUGGCGCAUGACAAUGCAUCACCACCGAGCUUUCUGAAAAAAAAAACUCCCAUCAGAAGGAUUUGGUGUGAAAACAAUUAAGAAGAAAGACUCAUUUUGCCUCAGAUAUGGCAGAAGUGUUCUGUCUUCUGUACUCGUCAGCAAAUCACCAUCACAAUCACUCCUUUCACAGCAGUUAACAAAGAAACUUUAUUGAGGCUAGCAGCACAAGUCAUGCUUGUUACAGUAAGUUUCACAGGUUUUUCAUGUGAAUAAGAAAGUUCCUUAUGAUAUUGUAUGAAUCAGGGUCAUACUUUUUUUCUGAAUAAUAGCCUAUUCCACAUAGUAAUGGCAUAGCUUUUUUCAAGACAAUAACAAUCUAUAACAUUUCGUCAUUCAAUAUGUGUCUGCCAAGAGAGAAUUCGGCCAUCAGCUCACACACACUAAAAGACAUUAAAUAAAUGCAGGGGGGAAACUUAUUUGAGAACCUGUCAAGUCCAGUUAAAGACGCACCUACAGCCAUGUUGUUUAACAGCACGUUUCCUAUGAAGGCAUCUCUGAAAUACAUAUAUAGUUUUUAAAAGUGAAACGUAACUGGAAACUCGACAACAGGGGUAUUAUGCUCUAAGCGCAACUUGAAUAAAAACUUUUGUGACGCUGUAGUAAAUAUUUAUAUUGUUGGGAAAACAAGUAAACUGUUCCCACAAGA